AUAGAUAUAAGUCAAUGAGUAAUUAUUAUGAGAUUAUAUUCUCUGUGCUACAACUAACAUCAGUCUUAGACAGUAUGGCUUACUUUACUGUUGUGUUUGCCUGUUUGAGUGGGUACCUUUUUUUAACGGUUUUGGCGAAUACAAAUAAUAUUCUAUUUAACGGAGAUUAUGAAUUUAUUGAUUUAACUUAUCCGUUUGAUAAAAAUACAAUAUAUUGGCCGGAUUCAAGAAGUUUUGAAUUUACAAAAAAAAUUGGCGCGUUUCAAAAUGAUGGCAGUUGGUAUGCAUCUAACGAAUUUAGCGCAGGCGAGCAUGGUGGCACACAUAUUGAUGCACCGUAUCAUUUCAAAGUAAAUGGCAAAUAUGUCGGAGAUAUACCUUUGGACAAGUUAAUAGUACCACUUAUAAUACUAGACGUUAGUUCAAAAGUAAAUAAUGACUCCAAUUUUGUGCUGUAUAAGCAUCAUUUGGACUAUAUGCUGAAUGACAAUUUUGGAAAGCCCUGUUUUUUAAUAUUUAAAUUCGGAUGGAGCAAGUUUGCUGGUGACAGAACAAAAUAUUUAGGAGUAAAUAAGAAUAAUACAUUAAAUUUUCCAGGAUUAAGCGAGGAAGUGGCGGAAUGGAUUACAUCAUCAUAUAAAAACGUCGUAGGAUUAGGUGUGGACACAGCUUCUGUCGAUCCUGGUUCAAGUACUGAUUUACCAGUACAUAAAAUAGCUGCCAAAGCCGGCUUGUUUAAUGUUGAAAAUGUGAAACUAGAUCAACCUGUUCCUGAAUAUGGCUGUACAGCUUUGAUAUUGCCAAUGAAGAUUACUUGGGGUAGUGGAGCGCCAUUGCGUUUGGUGGCUAUUUGCCCAAAACAGAUUCCUCUUAAUUUUUAAUGUCUCUAAA